AUGAGUAUCAGUAAACAGGACUAUUUGAAGAGGUAUUUGGAUGGUCCAACAGAGGAGAAGAAGAAGAAAAAGUCUAAGAAAACGAAGAAAUCUGCGAUUUCUAAUGGGUAAGGUGGCUUUGAUUUCAAAUUUACUUAAAAUUUUUGUGUACUACGAUGUUUUCUAUUGUGUAUUUUUUAAUUUACUAGUUUUUUAUCAGGCUAUAAUGUAGUUUUGACUUUAUUUUUAGCGUUUUAAUAUUGAUAUUGUUUUAGCAUUCGGAUUCUGGAUGAAGAUGCAUUUAUGGCAGUGGCUCCAACUCGAGGACCUCGAGAAGACAUUGAAUCAGAUGAAGAUGACGAAGAAGAUCUUGAUGAGAUUGUUUUACGAGAAUACAAAAGCAAAGGAUUCAAGGAAACGUUUGCGACCGUUGAAGGUAAGGUCUUUGCUUUGUUUAUCGGUUUUUAGGAAAAAAUUUACAAAAUUGAUCUACUGUUACUUGGAAAACCUUUAUUUGGGCAUUUUUGUGAAGUUUUUGUUUUUUAGAGGUAUAAUGAUGUCUUUUGUAAAUUAGUUUAUCAUUUUUUGGGCGUUUGUUUUAGGUAUAGGUAGUAGUUACUCUUUUUUGCUAAUUAUAGUCUAGCUAGUUAUUUAAAUUACAUUUUUUAUUUUUUUGUAAUGCUGAGUUUUAGUAAAGCAAGAAGAAGCCAGUCCAUCAAAAGAAAAUCAAAAUGACAGUAGAAGAAAGAGGGAUGAUUCUGAAGAUGAAGAAGUUCCUAGGAGAAAGCGGCACGAUUCUGAUGAAGAUUUACGCCGAAGAAGACGACAUGAUUUUGAUGAAGAGGUUUCUAGACGUUUAAAGAAUACUAAAAUAGGUAUGUGUAAUAUUUUUUUUACCGUUUUGGCUUUUAAUUUUUUUAUAUUUAAAAUUUUUAAGUAUAUUUAGUAGUAAAAGUUCUAAAAAUUUACAAUUUUUGAAAUGAGGUUAUUUACUGAAUUUAAAUUUCAGUAAAAGAAGAGCCAGUUAGUUCACGAAGAGAGAAAGUCAGAGCUCAAACGAGGCACGAUUCUGAUGAUGAAGAGGUUCCAAGGAGAAGAAGGAAGGAUUCAGAUGACGAUGUAUCUAGAGGGAGGCAUGACGAUCAUAAAACUCGAAUUUCAACAGCUGUAAAAGGUAAUGACUAACGAAAUUGUUUUGAUUUCAAUAUGUUAUUUAAAAUAUAAAAAAGAGAUUAUUUAAUGUAUUAGAUCUUUUUUCUGCUUUAAUACUAUUUUUGAUAAUUUUUUUUUGAUUAAAAAAUUUAUAAAGUAAUGUUAUUUCAGUUAAAAAAGAAUCAGAAUCUCCGAGAAGGCACGAUGAUCGACGACGAACUAAAAAACGAGAGGAUUCUGACGAAGAAGUGUCACGGAGAAGACGGAGGCAUGACUCGGAUGAAGAUGUGCCGAGAAAGAGGAAUAGGCAUGAUUCUGAUGAAGAUGUACCACGGAGACGAGCAAGGAAAGAUUCAGAUCAAGAUUUAGAAAGAAAAAAGGGGCAUGAUUCAGAUGAAGAAGUUCCCCGUAAAAGGCAUAAGGAUUUGUCAGAUGAAGAGGUACCUAAAAGAAGGAGAAGACAUGACUCGAAGGGAGAAAAGGUUUCUAAAACUGAGAAAAAGAAGGCAGGACUGUUGAGUAGAGAGGAUAUGAGAAGACAUGAAGAAGAAGCUGCUACUGAACAUUCGGUAAGAAUAAAUUGGCUAUUGUAGGCUGUUUUAAAGUAUGAAUUUCAACUUACUUUCUGAAUGUUUUAGCCAUUAUAUUGCUUUUUUUAAUCAUUAUGUUUCCUUUUUUGACUAAAAAUUGUAACGAAAUUACUAUAAACUUUAGUUCGAUAUUGUUUUAGAUAUUUAACGACGCGGAAAAGUCGGGCAAGUAUGCAGAAGCUGUUCAUCGUGACUCAAACUAUGGUAAGAGAAAGAAGGAAACGAAAGAAGACAAAGAAAGGUCAGAAAGAGAAGCAAAAGUCCAACAAGAACUGAAUGACAAGUACAAGCAAGUCAGCAAAGGUGUUGUUCAACAGCAAAAGGUAGGGGAAUGGAUUGAAAAGCUGUUUUUGAUGAGAAUUUACUUUAUAAUUAUACUCUGUACAAAAAUGACUUUUUUCUACUUUUAUUACCUAAACUUAAAAGUUGCCUUUUUUUAUAUCUAAAAAUUAAAAAAAAAUUAUUUUUAUACCAAGAAUUACAAAGCUAUUUUUCUUACCUAAAAUAAAAAAAAUGUUAUUCUUAUACCUAAAAUUACAAAAAAAGAUCUUUUUUAUACCUAAAAUUACAAAAAGUCAUUUUCAUACCUAAAAUUUUUAAAAAUUGUUUUUUUCUUAUCUAAAAUUUAACACAAAUGCUAUUUCUCUACCUAAAUUUUAAAAAAAUGUCAUUUUCAUAAAUAAAGUUCAUUUUUUCACGUUUGAUGACAACAUUUUCAGCGUGAAGAGAAGAAAAAGGAAAUGGCAGAAGUGCUACAAGAAGGCUUCACUCGUUACCGUGAUGACGAAGCUAUGAAUGAAUAUAUGAAGGAUAAGAUUAUAGAUGAGGACGAUCCUCUCGCUGACAUGAUGCAGAAGAAACAGAUGAAAAUAAGAAUGAAGUCUGAAUUAGGUAGGUUUUGACUAUUUUCAGAAUUUUUUUAGGUUUUUUGGCCAUUUUUCAGUUUUAAAACGACUUAGUUUUUUUUUUAAUUUGAAAAAAAACUUUUUUUUUCAGUUUACCCAACCUACAAAGGUCAUUUUCCACCCAACCGCUUCAAUAUCCCUCCAGGCUAUCGGUGGGACGGUGUCAAUAGAUCAAAUAGAUUUGAGGACAAAUUAGCUAGAAGAGCCAACGACGAAGAAGCCAGACAGAAGGCCGUGUACAGGAUACAACAGGAGCUCAAUGAAUAG